AUGUCCCUGGGGAUCACUGCACUAUGGAGGGCUCGACCCCAGCGACGGGUCGGCCUUCUGAUUCCCAGGGAGCCUCUCCUCGUCCUGCGCCCGCCCUACAUCCGCCCUCCUGCCACGAGCUCUUUAUUUUCCACUCGCGCACCCCUCAGAUUUCCCGACACAGCCAAGGAGGAGGAGGUUGAAAUGCAACAGGAUAAUGCGACCGAACCCUGCGAGCCUCCCCCGGUGCGGCCGGCAGAAGUUGUCGGCCAGGGCGAAGAGGCAAAAGAGCUCAGGGCCUGGCUCUCCAAAGCGCCCAAGAGGGAGAGAAAGAAGACCAAGGGGCCCAAGACCAAUCCGGAUGACCUCGAGGAGUCUCUGGAACGCAGCAAAAGCGCCAAGUCCGUCUUUGUCAAACCCGCCCGGACAUACCCAAACAAGAGAGAGUCGCGCAGGAGCUUAAGGGCUCACCAGGAGAGCAUCUCGACCCAGGAGUCUGUACAAUGGAUCGACGAUGGGAUGAAGAUUGAGCUACCCGAGCGCAAGCUCGCGGCUAUCAUGGACGACGGUGGCGACGAGAAGAUAGGGGCCAUCAGAAGGCGAAACGGGGGCUUCUAUCAAAGUAUCCAGGGCCGACACCCCGACCGCCUCAUCGACUCUGUUGAUCUCUGGGACGCGGGCUGGCAUCAAUCGCGCGACCGCCGAGUUCAGGAGAAUCGCGGCGACGAAGACUUCUUUGUGCCACCCUUGACCAGGGAAGAGGGCGGCCCUUGGCAGCGAUUCAAAGUUGAUCACAACGCGUACACCACACCGUGGCCAACGCACAUAUCUUUCAGCUCGUUCGAGCGGUACGUGGCAUCGCUUACGGAUUCUGUCAUGUACCCACACCUCAACUCUGUUCUCUACAAUCCUACGAGGCACGCAGUCAUCCUUGACCACGAGCGUGCAGUUGCGCGGCGACUUAAGCGUGCUUUCAUGAACUACGAGGCACGGCCGUGGAUUUCGUGCUCCGCACUUAAGCUCGCGCUGUCAUUUCUCUCCCGGAAAGGUGACAAGUAUCUUCCAGAAGCGCGGAGCAUCUUCGUUACGAUGGACCGAUUCGGCCUACGGAUGGAUGCAGACGUUUUCAACAUGAUGUUGAGGGCGGCGACAACAACACGCCAUCUGCGGCAGUUCCGACAGGUCGUGCUCCUCAUGACCAAGAAGGGGUUCGCCCCCAAUCUCGAUACGUGGAUCCUCUUCCUGCGGAUGUUCCAGUCUGUCGAGGUUAAAAGCUACGUCCUCCAAGCCAUGAAUUCGAAGAAUCUGCUGGGGACCCCCGAAGCCAUCCAACGUGUCGCGGAGGAGAUGGCGCCCUUUGACACUGAGCAUGCAAUGAGCCAGGGCAAAGACUUGUCGGCGUUCAUGGAGGAGCAGGGUGACCGGUACGGCCCUGACUGGCUCACACGCGACGCGGCGAACCAGGUACUGGACGUCCUCUGCCGCCACGGGCGGUUCCAAGAUGCCUUUGAGCUGCUGGACCGCAUGCACGCGCACGUGGAGUCGACUCCGGUGGAGUACAAGGCCGACCGGAUCGCGCACGAACCCGACGUAAUCAGCUUCAAUACCAUCAUAUCACAUGCCAAGACCCAGGGGAAGAUGCCGGUGGCCGUCAACGCCAUACGCAAGAUGAAGACAACUGCGUUUCACACCCAGGUGGAUCGGGUCACCUUCGGGCUCCUCUUCGAGAUGGCGUGGAAGUCGCGGCUCCGAUUUUCCCUCUCGAUCAUCUGGAAGUACGCCUCGCUGGCCCAUAUGACCACAUGGCGUAUGCGCUAUCGCGUCGCGGCCUUGAUCAAUGGGCAGCCAAAGAAAGAAGGCGAGGAUGUAGACCACGGCAUCUCAGCUUCCAUAUAUGCACAGCUAGGAGGCGAGAGGCUAGCGCAGGACCUCGUCGGCGGCGAACAGGCCCUCGCCAAGAUCAGGUCGCUCGCCGAGGGACGCAGCCGCGCCGAGCUCGGCGUCCUCGCCGCCAAGUGCUGGCCGGAGGCGUUCUGCGACUACGGCCCGAGGAUCUCGCUGGGCCACGUCCUCUCGCAGGCUGUCCUGAGGGACUACUCGUGCCUCUCGAGGAAGAACAAGAGAAGUGCGGCCCACGCAGAGGAGUGGCUUAAGUUCAGCCCUAGCGCGAUGCCGCUGCGGAAAAGGGUCCGGAAACAGGAGUACUGGGCUGCCGACCUCUCCCCGCUGGAGCACCAGGGGCCCGAGCCGAUCAGGCCUGGGGACAAGUGGGCGCUCGACGAGACGCCGGGACAUGGCAAGAGGAAGCUGAAGGACAGUCCCCGCGAGCAGCCGGAUCCGUCCCAGACCAGGAUUGUGUCGUGGGAUCGCUCCCAGCGUGUGGGGAUGGCCAUCCUGGACCCUGAGGUCUGGGCUGACAUCCGGGGCGGGUACAAGGGGCCUGAGACUGCGGAGGUUGAGGCGCCGCCCAGGCACGAUAUCCAGCGGCGCAACGAGAAGGACAUCCUCGCCGCGCUGGGGAGGCUGGAGGUGAACUACCUGAGCUUCCGGAAGGUGGUGUCCGUCCUGGACGAUGAGCAGUUUGACUGGGCUGCGGCCGAGAGGGAAAGAAAUGCCCGGGAUCACGCACUGGAAAGCGAUUGGAGGAAGAUUCUGUCUUCAGAUGCUUCAUUCCGUGAGUAUGAUGAGGUCGUUGGUGGUGAUGAGGAGUUCGGUGCGGCGGGUGAUGACGGCGUCGAUGAUGGGGUUGGACAAGGGAAUCGGAGAGAUGGAGAAGAAGAAGUCAAAGCAGACUCACAAGAACCUGUAUAA